AGUCUGCAGGUCAGCCGAUCCGGGACGCUCUGUUUGCGGGGAUGAGUCGUUUCCUUCUAGGUUUUAUUGCGCAAGACAUUUGGCAACAGUUUCCCACUUUUUAAUGACAGCCAUGCCCCGUUAGCUUAAACCGGCUUAUUAAGAGUUGGAAGUUUGCAGAGUGAGGUGUUCUGGAGCUCAGGACGGGACCCCUGGUUCAGUUUCCAGGCUGAGCGUGACAGGAUGAGACCGGGGAGAGAGGAGCUCCGCUCGGGCAUCGCGUUCAGGUUUGUGCCGGUGGCGUGAAUCCGAUAAAAAAAAAAAAAAAUCUCCACCAUGGAGGAGAAGUUCAGCAGACUCAUCUUCAUCCCCAUCGCUGCGGUGGUUUUCCUAAUGAUCGGCUACCAGUACGUCUGCCCGGGGGACAGCAACACCUGCCGCUUCAGGAGCGACGUCCAGCAGCGACCCCCGACCUCCGACUCUCUGUACCCGGAGCCCGACGAGGACUUCCCGGCCAAAUUCACCUCCAAGUUCAACUUCACGGAGCGGGACCUGGACAGGCACGCAGACUUCAACAUCCGAGGGGACGAUGUGAUGGUGUUCCUGCACAUCCAGAAGACCGGGGGGACGACUUUCGGGAGGCAUCUGGUGAAAAACAUCCAGCUGGAGCAGCCGUGCGACUGUCUGCCCGGCCAGAGGAAGUGCACCUGCCACCGGCCGGGCAAAGCGGAGUCCUGGCUCUUCUCCCGGUUCUCCACCGGCUGGAGCUGCGGGCUGCACGCAGACUGGACGGAGCUGACCAGCUGCGUGCCGGUGGUGAUGAACAAGAAGGACAAGAAGAAUGCUCCAAAGAACAAAAAGAAUUUUUACUACAUCACUAUGCUACGUGACCCUGUGUCACGCUACCUCAGUGAGUGGAAGCAUGUACAGAGAGGGGCUACGUGGAAAACAGCCCUCCACAUGUGUGACGGCCGCCCUCCCACUCAGGAUGAGCUUCCCGCCUGCUACAGCGGCGAAGACUGGACGGGGGUGCCGCUAACAGACUUCAUGAACUGUCCCUCAAACCUAGCUAACAACCGUCAGGUUCGAAUGCUGGCAGAUCUCAGUUUGGUGGGCUGCUACAACAUGUCCUCAAUGAGCGAGCUAGAGCGAGGUCGCGUGCUGCUCGCCAGCGCCAAGGCCAACCUACGCAAUAUGGCCUUCUUUGGCCUGACGGAGUUUCAGCGUAAGACGCAGUAUCUGUUUGAGAGGACUUUCGGGCUGCGCUUCAUCCAAGCCUUCACCCAGAUCAACAGCACGCGAGCCGCCAGCGUGGGGAUCAGUGAAAAGGUCCGGUGGCGCAUCGAGGGGCUCAACGCCUUGGAUGUGGAGCUGUACGAGUACGCCAAGGAGCUUUUCCUGCGGCGUUACCAGUUUAACCGGCAGCAGCAGCACCAGGAGGAGCGGCUGAGGAGGCGGCAGGACAGGCAGCAACGGCAACGGCGGCACAGGAAUUAUCUGGUUGAGCUGCUGAGACUUGGAGGCGGAAGCGUUGCGGAAGAAGAAGAAGAGGGGGAGGUGAAAGUGCUAGAAGAGGUAGUCACCACCGAGGAUUACAGUAGCCAGGUGGUGCGAUGGUGAGGAGCCAGAGCAUUAAUACGGACAGACGGCUCUGUUAUUUCCUCCUUGUUCUGUGACUCAGCCAGGACCUCCUGCCCUCACAGGGUUAUAGCGCUACGCCAGACUGCCGAAAGGUGUCUUAAUAUUUACGAUGGAUGUAUUUGCUAGGGAACCAUGAACAUUUUAUAUUUUUUUCUUAAGGCUACAUUUCAGCACUGCAAUUGUGGAAAAUGUGUUUAUUUAUUCAGUUGCAAAUGCUUUGAAUGUUCUCAAGGCUGUGAAGAUGUUCCCUAAGUUCUGCAAUAAAAGAAAAAAAACAAGACAUGAAAAAACAUGUAAAUUAUAUGAAAAGAAGGCCUAUUUAUUACAUUUCCUAAAUGAUGACUGGGUCAUUGAUGUCCUGUUGUUAUCUAGCUCUAUGUUGAAAUCUUGUGACUCUGUGGUGUUUGGCUUUAUGAGAGUAUCAAAGCACAAACUUGGCAAACUGCAGUGUUUCCUUCUUUCUGACUGCACUGAUUAAACAAACUGUUACAAUUUGACCAAUAAAAAUGGUGUAACAAGUUGAAUACAUUCUAUUUGACUAGGUUUUUAUCA